AUGAAAACACAACAAUCUCUCUUUUCUGCCUCAGUUCUACUAUUAGCAGUUACCUUCUUCUACUUCACCACCACAACCACUUCAGCCCAGCUCUCACCGGUUCAGGCCCCAGCCCCACCAUUACCACAACCACCACCAUUCUCUCCGCCAGCAGCUCCACCGGCCACGGCGCCAGCUCCGGGAUUUAACACAGUUCCUCUGGUACCCCUUUCACCCAAUGGUGCUCCCACCCCAGUUGUCCCAAAAUCUCCCUCCAUUGACAUAGUUCAAAUUCUGAGAAAAGCCAAAAGAUUCACCGUUCUCAUUCGGCUUCUAAAGACCACCCAAUUGAUCAACCAACUCAACUCACAGCUCGUGACUUCUGGCUCCGGUGGGUUAACCCUUUUCGCACCAGAAGACAGUGCCUUCUCUAAACUAAAACCAGGGUUCCUCAACUCUCUCAGUGAUAGACAGAAGGUGGAGCUCUUACAGUUCCACACCAUUUCAUCAUUCAUCUCAGUCUCAAACUUCGACACACUCACCAACCCGGUUCAGACCCAAGCCGGUGACGACCCCAAAAGGCUUCAACUUAACGUCACCACCUAUGGUGGGAGCCAAGUCAGCAUGACAACCGGUGCCGUUAACGCCACCGUUACCGGAACCGUGUACACGGAUAACAAGCUUGCAAUAUAUCAGGUAGACAAGGUGCUUCUCCCUCUUGACGUCGUGCUUCCUAGUAAGGCUCCUGCACCGGCACCGGCGAGACGAGGCACCCCUAAGUCUGAUAAAACGAAGUCAUCCUCUGCCGUUGAUGGUGCCGGCGGUGAUGAUGGUGACAGUGAGGACAAGGCCUUGCCGGUGGAAGCUUCUGCUGGUUCCGUCAGCUUCAACGUAGAGGCAAUGUGGGUGCCUCUUGUUCUUGCGGUGGCUUUGGUGGGUGAAUCCAUGAUUUGA